AUGGCUGUGGACCCAAGAAAGUCUGCCGGCCAGUUCCACCCUGAAUGGGGUCAGCAGGGGCCUGCGGUGGUGAAGGUGGAGCUGGAGGAGGACAACGCCAGGAGUCAGGUGCCGGACAACCAGCCCCCUGCCUGGGAGAUCUUCAGACAGCGCUUCAGACACUUUUGCUACCAGGAGACGCCUGGACCCAGGGAGGCACUGCGCCGACUCCGUGAGCUGUGCCGCCAGUGGCUGCGGCCCGAGACGCACAGCAAGGAGCAGAUCCUGGAGCUGCUGGUGCUGGAGCAGUUCCUGACCGUCCUGCCCGCGGAGCUCCAGGCCUGGGUGCGGGAGCACCAUCCGGAGAGCGGGGACGAGGUGGUGACGGCGCUGGAGGAUCUGGACGGAAAAAGAAAUGUACAAGUUUCAGCCUGUGUUCUGGAACAGGAAAUCCUUUUGCAGAGAGUGACCCUUCAGACGCUGGAUGAAGAAUCUUCAUACACAUGGGUUCAGCCCCCAGCAAUCCAGUUCAAGGGCAAAGGACCUGAGCCCCAACCAUCAGAGGAAGGAGAUGGUGGAGUGAGGACUGACAACGUGAUGUUAGACGUGAAGCAGGAACUCUGUGAAGAAACAGAGCCUUGUGGGAAGGGGCCUGAUGGACAGGAUGGAACUUCAUCUCAGCAUGCCAAAUACACAGGGGACAGGGAGCCCAGUGGAACUUUGGAAAGGCAGGACGGGGUUGCCCCAGGCAGAAAAGUCUCUCCCUGUGAAGAAUGCAGGAAAACCUUCACCUGGACAAGAGGCCUUCACACGCACAGGAGGACCCACAGCGGGGAGACACCAUGCUCACACACAGAGCGUGGAGAGGCCUUCAUCAGACAGUCAGAGCUAAGCCAGCACCAGGAGCUUCGUGGCAAGGAAAAGCCUUAUCACUGUCAAGAGUGUGGCAAAGGUUUCAGUCAGAAAGCAGGCCUCCUCCAACAUCUCAAAAGCCACACUGGAGAAAAGCCAUAUCGAUGUAGUAAAUGUGGCCGGUGUUUUAGUCGGAGAUCAGUUCUUACAAAGCAUCAAAGUGUCCACACUGGAGAGAAACCUUUUGAAUGUACAGACUGUGGAAAAGCCUUCUGCCAUAGUUCAGACCUAACUGAACAUCAGCGAUUCCACAAGGAGAAGCCUUAUGAAUGUAACGAGUGUGGGAAAACCUUCCGGCAACGUUCACAUCUGAUUGAGCAUCAGCGAAUUCACAGUGAAGAAAAACCCUAUGAAUGCAAAGUGUGUGGAAAAGCGUUCACUCAGUAUGCAGGACUUAACCAACACCAGAGAAUCCAUACUGGAGAGAAACCUUUUGAAUGUCCUGUGUGUGGACGCGCCUUUAGCCGGACCUCAGAACUCAUAAUACAUCACAGAAUCCACUCGGGGGAGAAACCCUAUGAGUGUGCUGAGUGUGGCAAAACCUUUAGCGUGAGCUCAACCCUGGUCAUACAUCAAAGAAGCCACACUGGGGAGAAGCCCUAUAAAUGCGGUGAGUGUGGCGAAGCCUUCAGCCAACGCUCGGGCCUUAAUAAGCACAGGUUGGGAGGGAAGCACGGGAACCCCCCUGAGCGAGGAACACACAAGUGUGGUGAGUGUGGGAAGACCUUCACUCGGUCGACCGGCCUGCGGAACCAUACAAGAAUCCACACUGGGGAUAAAACCUACCAGUGUCCUGAGUGUGGGAAGGCCUUCACCAGGGGCGAGCAUCUUAUCGAACACCAGGCGAUUCACAACAAGGUAAAGCCCUAUCAGUGUAAAGAGUGUGGCAAAACCUUCAGUCAGAAGACGGGUCUUAGUCACCAUGUCAGAAUCCACACGGGAGAGAAGCCUUUUCAGUGCCCGGAAUGUGGGCGCGCCUUCAGUUGGAAGUCAGAUCUCAAGAAACAUAAGAGAGUCCACUCGGAGGAGAAGCCCUAUGCGUGUGAGGAGUGUGGGAAGGCCUAUAGGCAGAGAGCCACGCUGCUCCAGCACCUGAGGGGCCACAGGGAGCUGAGCCCGGCCGGCCGAGUGAGUGCGGGGAAUCCCCCUGGGGGCCCCCACCCAGUACCAGAGAAUCCGCUGCACCCUGACACCCCGCCCAGGCGUGAGGUGAAAACUGCGGGGAGAAUCCACGACUCCUUUUCUUAA